AUGGCCAUGGCUAUCAGCAACGAUGGAGCUGACCAGCUAAAUAGAUUCGAGCUCUUCCUUCUUGGACCCGAUGAGAAGAAAUGCCAGGAGGCUGCCGAUACUCGCACCCCGAAUAGCUCGGUCUUCACCUUCAACAAGGAGGACCACACCCUCGCAAACAUGUUGCGCUCGCAGCUCUUGAAGGAUCCGCAUGUCAUCUUUGCAGGCUACAAAGUCCCCCACCCUCUCUUUGCCAGCUUUGAGCUCCGUAUCCAAACCGAUGGCGGAAUCACCCCCAAGGAGGCCCUCGUCAACGGCUGCAAGUCUCUUGUCGGCGACCUUGAAAUCUUGAGCAGAGAGUUUACCAAGGAAUACGAGUUGCGCAAGAUGGUUAGUGGUGAUGGAACCGCUGCUGAUAAGUGA